GUAUCUGGUGUCCUCAGCAAGGCUCCGACAACCAGGAGGAGACAGAAGCCUCCCCGGACCUCCAAGGUCACCCCCAGGGACACCCCUAAGCUCACCCACUGCCAGCCUCUCCCCCCCUUUUCUCCAUCUCCAGACUGCUCUCAGAAUGGCGGACGAGAGCAACGAUGCGGGUGGGAACUCGCGCCCCCCACCCGCCCCUGUCCGACGCCGCUCCUCUGCCAACUACCGAGCCUACGCUACGGAGCCCCAUGCCAAGAAAAAGUCUAAGAUCUCGGCCUCCAGAAAACUGCAGCUGAAGAUCCUGAUGCUGCAGAUUGCGAAGCAGGAGCUGGAACAGGAGGCGGAGGAGCGGCGCGGGGAGAAGGGGCGCGCCCUGAGUACCCGGUGCCAGCCUCUGGAGGUGGCCGGGCUAAGCUUUGCAGAGCUGCAGGACUUGUGCCGACAGCUCCACGCUCGUGUGGAUAAGACGGAUGAAGAAAGAUACGAUGUGGAGGCAAAAGUCGCCAAGAACAUCACGGAGAUCGCUGAUCUGACCCAGAAGAUCUACGACCUUCGGGGCAAGUUUAAGCGCCCCACCCUGCGGAGGGUACGCAUUUCUGCAGACGCCAUGAUGCAGGCGCUGCUGGGGACUCGGUCUAAGGAGUCGCUGGACUUGCGGGCCCACCUCAAGCAAGUUAAGAAGGAGGACACUGAGAAGGAAAACCGGGAGGUGGGAGACUGGCGCAAAAACAUCGAUGCUCUGAGUGGCAUGGAAGGCCGCAAGAAAAAGUUCGAGGGCUGAGCCCACCAGCCCUCUACCCUGGCCUUGAGGACGGCCCCCUGAGAAGUAAAGCCACUUCUCUCUGA